UCACCCUCAACCUUCGCGAAGUUUCCCGAAGCGCCCGGUAAUUUCCGGAAAUAACAGUGAAACAAACGGAUAGUCGAAUCUCUUUAGCUAGCAACCUGAAAGUACAACCACGCACAGGCGGCUUCGGCGUUUGUGUCUUCCUGUAUCUGGCUAGCAACCACCAGCGUUAUAUUUGAUAACACAUUUAGCCAUAUUUCGUUUGAGUUUGUGCAGUGCUUUAUUAUGUCUUUGCUGUGUUACAAUAAAGGUUGCGGACAACGCUUUGACCCAGACAAAAACCCAGAUGAUUCUUGUACUUACCACCCUGGGGUUCCUGUCUUUCACGAUGCACUAAAAGGUUGGUCUUGUUGUAAAAGACGGACGACUGACUUCUCUGAUUUCUUAAGCAUUGCUGGGUGUACAAAGGGCCCACACAAUAAAGAGAAGCCUCCUCAACCUGUGAAACCAGAUGUCAAGACAUCUGGUGAGAAGAAAGAACUAGAGGACCUGAAACCAAAGUUCAACGAGUAUGUUAUCCAAGCACCAAAACCCGUGGAGUCAAUUCAGCGACCAAGUGGCGAUGAGCCUAUUAUUAGGCUACAGCAAAAAGUCUCCCUCUCUCUGAAGCAGUCAUUGGAAAAACUGAAGCUAUCUGAAGUCAGUGAGCCCGAGAAGAAAGAGGAGGAGGGUGAUGAAGUGAAGAUUGGGACAUCCUGCAAAAAUGGAGGCUGUUCAAAGACUUUCAAUGGACCAGGAAGCAAUGAGGAGGCGUGUAUGUAUCAUCCAGGAGUUCCCAUUUUCCAUGAAGGGAUGAAGUACUGGAGCUGCUGCAAGAGGAAAACCUCAGAUUUUAACACCUUUCUGUCCCAAGAGGGCUGUACAAAAGGAAAGCACCUAUGGAAGAAAGAGGACACAGGGAAGAAGAUUGUGCCCUGUAGGUUUGACUGGCACCAGACAGGCAGCCAGGUCAUGAUCUCUGUCUAUGCCAGAAACUCCAUUCCAGAGUUGAGCUUUGUGGAGGGGAACAGCACAAAGCUCAAUAUCCACAUCAUAUUUGAAGGGGAAAAGGAAUUUCAGCACAACAUCGAUUUGUGGGGUGUCAUCGAUGUGAACAAGAGUGUCAUGAACAUGAUGGCAACAAAGAUUGAGAUUGCCAUGAAGAAAGCAGAGCCGAUGACGUGGGCCAGACUCGAUCUACCUCCGGUGAAAAUUCAGCCUGCAGAAAAGAAGGAAAAUGCAGACGAAGACCCCGAUGAUUAAAAAAGCGCAUACACAGAUUAUUGAGACCACAGUGUCAGGGACGAACAGCAUACUGAGGUGACUUGGUCAUUUUGGCAUACUGUAGAGAAUCCACAUCCUAUUUUUCUCCCCCAGAUACUCUGUACUGUAUCCUCUGAACAAUUUUAACCAUCGUUUACCUCUGAAUACCCGAGACAGGACCAGAGCCAGCAGGUUACCAUAGCUACAAAUCCAGAAAGUGUGCUUAUAAUAAGAAACAUGGGUAAUGUAUGCAGUGGUUCAAAUUUAGGGUAACCUCGAAGUUUGUCAAAAUCAAUUUUGUUUUCAGCCCUUUUCCCCCGCUGUGCACUAAUGCUAUUUUUCUGUACUUUCUUUUUGUUUUCUUACUCUUGGCAUUCCACUGUACAGAAUUCACUUAUAGCUACACUAUAAGUGAGAGAGAUUUUAACUACUUCUCAAAGUGGGUUUUCUCAAUACAGGUACCCAUGUCCAGGUUAUGUUUUGAUUUAGUAUUUUGUGGAUUGCCAGCUGCACCCUUCCCCUCCACAACCAAAUAUUCAUUUCCAAGCAUGUAUUCAAACUGCCCUGGUCUUGAUAUGGCAGUGUAUGUUAUGAGAUUCAGUUAACGUUAGCUAGUGGGAAUGCAAAUCUGGUUACAGUAGGUGCAUGCUUUUUCAUGACUGAUUGUGCAGUAUACAGUAGGCCUUUUGUAUUAUAAAGGCUAUUGCGCAUUGGUAUACUGAAUGCACUUUGAUUUGUAUUGUGCCACUCUGCUUAAUGUAUACAGAAGCAUGAGGAGGAACAUUAAAUUAUUGGCAGCACAGAUGAACCUGGCUAAUAUCCUCGUUUAGCAUUUUUUGAAACCACUGGUUACAGUUUGUCAUUUUAACCCAGUUAAUAUUACACCUGCUGCAAUACCCACAAUAUUUGUCUGAACUGCACUGGGGAUAUUAACAGCUUUCAACUGUAUUUUCAUUUCCACAGUGAAUACGUGGAUUUAUACUGCAUAAUUGUAUCUUUGUUUUUUUUUUUUUCAAAAGUGUACCAACAUUGAAGUAGCUGUGCUCCUUUUCUCCAUUGCAUUUAAUCUUCAUUCGACUAAUUCAUGACCCUCAAGCUCAGUUUGGUUUUAAAGCGGAUUCAGAAGUUUAAUUUUCCUAUAGCCACGGUGAAUAAAAAUCAUGGAAAACGUUUGUGCUGUUCACAUCACAGUAAUCAUACAGUCAUUGCAUAUUUGGCCCUCGGCUGUAUUUUUUGCUCAUAAUUAAGCUGCAGCAAAAGAAAAUGUAUGCUUUAAGUGUUUGUAGUUGCUCUGAAUCAAAAUAGCUUCACAACGUCAAGAUCACCCACCUUGUUCCAUUUUUCACUGCAAGUGAUCGCAGAAGAGGCCAGCAGACCACAUAGACCAUUUUCAUGCUGUGAUUGCUGUCACUACCCAUUACUCUUACCGUACCAAGCCUCCUUCCAGACUGCUUGCUGACAACCUGUUGAUGUGGAUGGAAAUGCAAAGCGUUGUCCAGGAGACCACAUUCAGGGAAGAAGCCCAGUUUGAGCAAUUACUGUACUUUGCAAAGCAUUCCUGGAGGAUUGAAAAGUUCACAAGCCUUUUUAACACAGUACGUUGUGAUUUCAUCACAAAUUUCACAAAGACUGCUUCUGUGCUUCUUAUAACUAUACUGGAGUAACGGGGCUGAAGGUGGCAAGAUUUCCAGAUUGGUUCUUGCUUGACUGGAAAUACAGUGGAAAAACAUUCUGAACUACAUCGGAGUCAUUUGAAAAAAAAACAUUUGCAUGUUAUUUUGGAAUAUGGGAAUGCUCAUAACCAACAGUAUACUUACAUGGCCAUCAAAGCAUGAAUUUGACAGCUGUCAAACUGCAAAGAAUAAUAUAAACUCCAGUUUGGCAUUAGACAUGAACUUUAAAAAAAAGAUUUGAAAAUUUCAAAUGUCAAUUUGACAAAGCACAGUUUGUCCACUUCUGUCAAAAGUAUGACAGAGUAUUUUACCAUUCUGGGAAUUGUAUACAUGUUUCGUAUUAAAGAUUAUCCUUCUUGA